AUGAAGUGUUCAGAACUAUGGACGGAAAUCAUUCCCAAGAAUGACCCCAAUUCUAAUAUAACAAAUCAAGUAUGGAGUUGUAGCUUCAAUAAUGAUGGCUCUAUAUUAUUAGCUUGUGUAGGAGAUGCUAUUCUUGUAUACGAUUCAUUUACUGGCAAUUUAGUAAAUAAAGCAAUUAGAGGAGGAUAAAAGGAAUAAAUUAAUUGCAUCAAGUUCUCAAAAGAUGGAAAAAGGUUUGCAACUGCUAGUAAUGAUAAAACUGUUUGGGUCUGGUCAUUCGAUGUAAAUAAAAAUCCCAAAUUAGCACCUGAAGUAAAAUAUUCUCAUACAGAUAAGGUUUUAUGUCUUGCUUUUAAUCCAUUGACGCAUCAAAUUUUCUCUGGAGGUGCUUAGGACUAUGCUUUAUGGACUCCAGAUCAACAAAGUAUAGAAAAAUCUAAAUUUAAAGAUAAAAUAAUAACUUGUGCAUGGAGUUGGGAUGGUUUAUAUUUAGGUUUUGGUACUAUGGGAGGUAUUAUUGGAAUAAGAAACAGAGCUCUCGAAUAGUUAGCAGAAAUUUAAAGGUCAUUCCCUAUAUGGUGUAUGGAUUGGACGCCAAUUACUCCUGACUAUUAAAACAGUGUUCUCGUAGUAGGUGUUUGGGAAUAGUCAAUAGCUCACUAUAAUAUUUAAGGUCAAUAAUUAGGUUCGGAUAAAAAGCUUACAUAUGAUCCUAUAGAUAUCAAUUUUAGCACUCAAGGAGAAUUCCUUUUAGUAAGUGGAACUAAUAACAAAUGCACUCUAUACACCAGAGAAGGUGGCUUUUUAAUAGAUGUUGCAACAAAAAAUGAUUGGGUUUGGAAUAAUAAAUUGAAACCUGUAAUUAAAGAAGCUGGAUCUGUUGCUGUUUAAGAUUAGUUACACGUUGCUUUAACUACAAAUGAUGGCGAAAUCAGUAUGUUUAAAAUUCAAUAACUAACAGUGCAUGCACUUGAAGGUGAUAAAUAUGCUUAUAGAGAUAAUUUAACAGAUAUUGUUGUUUAGAGCAUGAGCUCAAAUUAAAGAAUUCGUUUGAAAUGCAAAGAACUAGUUAAGAACAUUAGUAUAUAUAAAGAUAAGCUUGCUGCUCAUUUAACAGAAAGAAUUUUGAUUUAUGGAACUUCUUCAGAAGAUAGCUAAAUGAAAUAUAAGUUGCAUAAGAGAAUAGUUAAAAAAGUUGAAGCUCAUAUCUUAGAAAUAGUUUCAAAUCACUUGAUAGCUUGUGUAAAAAAUAAAGUAUAAUUAUAUUAAUUAUCAGGAGAUUUAGAAAAAGAAUGGGUUUUUGACUCAAGAGUUAAUUGCAUUAAAAUUAUAGGUGGAAUGCCUAACAAAGAAGGAGCUUAUGUCGGUUUAAAGAACGGUUAAAUUUUCAAAAUAUUUGUUGAUAACAGUUUCCCUAUUCCUAUAUUAAACCACAAUAUUUCUAUUAAAAAUAUUGAUGCUUCUCAAAAAAGAAAAAGAUUAGCAGUUGUUGAUAAAAAUAGCAACCUAACUGUUUAUGAUCUUUCAAACAAAGAAUAAGUCUUCUAAGAAAUGAAUAUUGUUUCUUGCGCUUUCAACAAUAAUUUUGAUGACUUGCUUGCUUUUUCAUCAACUGACACAACAUUUAUCAGGUGCUCUAAUCAUCCACCUCUAUCUCAAAAAAUAUCAGGAUAAGUUGUAGGAUUUAAAGCAAAUAAAUUAUUUGUUUUGAAUGACAAUGUUAUGAGUACAAUUGAUGUUUCGAUGACUUAGACUAUGAUUAAAUACUUAGAAAGAAAAGAAUUUUAAUCUGCAUAUGAAAUAUCUUUAUUAGGAGUAACUGAUUAAGAUUUCUUAUAUUUAGGUAAUGAAGCAUUAAUCGCAACACAAUUUGCUAUUGCUAGAAAAUGCUACACAAGAAUAAAAAAAUUAGACUUCAUCUAUCUCCUUGAAAAGGCAGAAAAAGAUUUUAAAAAGAAUACAUUUGUUGAGGGAUUCUAUUAAGGUGAGAUAUAUGCUUUAUAAACUAAAUUCUAUGAAGCAGAAAACGCACUCACUAAGUCAAAUUUAGCUUCUUAAGCAAAAGAAAUGUGGAUCAUUCUUAAGGAAUUUGAUAAGGCUAUGAGAAUUACAGAUACUGGUGCUAGUCCUAUUAAUAGAGGCCAGAAUAAAGAAAUAAAUUCUGAUGCUUCUAGAAAGGACCUACUCAUUUAGAGGGCAGAAUGGGAAGUCAAACAAGGAAAUUGGAAAAAGGGUGGUGAAUUGUACAUUCAAGCUGAAGUAUAUAAAAAGGCUAUAGAAGUAUAUGUAACCAAUAAUUUCUCAGAAGGUAUUGUUGAAGUUUGCAGAAACGCAGAUGCAGAAACUCAAAGAAAAGAAAUAGAAUAAUGUGCUGCAUACUUUAAGAAAGCAAAACUUCAUCAAUACACAAAAGAAGCUUACUUGAAGCUGUAAGAUAACAAAGCUUUACUUUAAUUGAAUAUUGAUCUAGAAAAAUGGGAUGAAGCUAUGACUCUUGCAAAGGCUCAUCCUGAAUUCAUGGAGAUAGUCAAACUGCCUUAUGCCAAUUGGCUUGCUAAAUAAGAUAGAUACGAAGAAUCUUUAAAGGCAUACAGAAAAAUUGGUAAACAUGAUAUGGCUACUAAGAUGCUCUAUAACUUAUCUUAGAAUGCUGUAUUUGAAAAAAGAUUCUCUGACGCUGCUUUAUUUACUUGGAUGAUAGCUACUGAGCACUUAGGUUUGAUUCGUAAUAUGAAAGCUCCAACCCCUGAAGAUAUUGAGAAUUUAAUGAAAUUUUAUUAGUACAGAGAUGAUGCUGAAAUAUAUUUUGCAUACUCCAAAGUUUAAUCUUUUGUUGAUGAACCAUUCUUACCUUUAUCAGGUCAUGCUUACAUGUUAAAUAUCUUCAAUGCUGCUCGCUUCGCCAUAAACAAACUAGGAAACAGGCAGUUAUACGGAGUCUAACACAGUUAUCUCUAUUAUUCAUUAGGAAAAGUAAGUAAAUAGCUUGAAGGUUACAAGACAGCCCGUAUUUGCUAUGAAAAACUAGCUAGCUACAAAAUUCCUACUGAAUGGAGCGAAGAAAUAGAAUUAAGUACACUCUUAAUUAGAUCUAAGCCAUAUAGUGAUUAGGAGUCUUUACUUCCUAUUUGCAAUAGAUGCUAUAAUUAAAACCCAGCUCUCACAGAAGGUAACAGAUGUUCUUCUUGUAUGCACUAAUUUUAAAACUGCUUCAUAAGCUUUGAAAAUCUACCUUUGGUUGAGUUUAAAUUGGAUCCUAAAAUCACACAUAAGAGAUUUAUUGAAUUAAUCAAUUCUGAUAAAUCAAAAACACAACCUAAUAAAAAGAAGAAGAAAGCAAACGACGGAUGGUAAGAAUCUCACUAAGGAGAUUAAUAAGUUCUCACCUUUAACAAUUCACCUUAAAAAGGAGGAAAUGACAAUGAAAGCAGUCCUUUCUUAGAUAAACUUAACGAAGUAUUCGAAAUUUAAUAAACUACUUAAGAAUACAUACCUGUUACAUUAGAUGAAAAUAUAGUAUCAUCUCUUAGUAUAGAUGAGGUUUAUUGGGUAGACUAUACAAAAUAUUGCUACACAGCAGAAAUAAAAUAUUACAAGAGUAUGUUAACAGACAUUCCUCUCAAGAAUUGUUAAGAAUGUGGAACAUUCUACAUUUUGGAUGAAUAUGAAUUUGAAAUAAGUAAGACAUAAAAAUGUCCUUUCUGCAGAUCAGUUGAUGAAAGAGCAGGACCUUAGAAGGAUGUUUUUGAUUUCUGA